AUGCGAUCUUUAGCUAGUGCUCCUUCCGCGCUCCUCGUUGUUGGCAAGUUUGGUGCCACAAUCCAUGUUCUCCAUCUCGUUCCCGAGGACGGCGCCAUCGAACGCUUCAGUCUCACAACCCCAUCUUCCACCUUCCGCUAUGGUGGGGCCACGGAGCAGGGCCGCCAGCAGAUCGGUGUGGUCACACUUCACGUUGGAGAUGGCGAGACCACCACCAACUUCCUCAAUGACAUUGAAGCCCGAGCCCGCAAGCUGUGGAACUCUUCCCUAAGCUUGAGCCCGGCGCGGAGUGUUGAGGUGAUUCAACUGGUGCAAAACGUCCUCCAGCCAGCGGCCCUUGAUGUGAUUCGUGAAAAAGAGGGGCGAGAUCGCUCUAUGAAUGCCACACAGAUGUACCCCGUUUUUGUUGUUCACAUCGCACGCUCAAGGGCAGGUAGGAUCCUGAUGGCUGAGCCAACGAGCAUCUCUCAAUGA